UGAGGAUUAGUGACUAGUACCAGUGUGCAGAUGUAAGGGCGUGUCAGGGUGUGCAUGGUGAUACGUCAGUGCAUCAACUAACACUUGGCAGCCGCGUUACUUUUAUCAGAUAAGGGAAGCCAGUGAGCAAAGGCGGAUAUUACCACACGCAGUACCCAGCCUAAGUAGGUUCCGGAGGGGAAUAGCGCGCUUCUUGUGUUGGCAGCGAUUACUGUUGCCGUUGUUAUCGUCCCGCUGGUUAUGGGGCAGGAGUGACACUUCAAUCACUCCGAACUAAUUGUGUGCUGAGUGACUUUCUGGAGUGACAGUCUUCGCGCCGUGUGUCUUCUGCCGGCGAGCGAAGGAGCAUGACGCGGUGGUGGGGUUUGGUGGCGGUGGUGGUGGUGGUGGUCUGCAGGGUGACGCAGGCAACGGAGGCAACGCAAGCUGCUGGGCCGCUGACGAAGGAUGAUCUGGAUUUUCUACAGCAACAGGUGGAGAAGGAUGAGAGACUGGACCAGGUGGCGAAGAUCCUGGAGAGAGAAGGAACUUAUGAUCCUAUGAAGUCGAGGGUGGCGCCUGCUCCUGACGGCGGUCCCCCCAGGGUGCAGCGCGGCCACUCCAGGGUAAAGAGGAGCUUCGAAGAUUUUGGAAAUGACCCCAUGAUGUCCAGGAUGGCGCCGAGGCAGUGGAAGCCUGACGUGGGGCCGUACGCCAUCACCGCAGAAAGGCUGAAGGAGAUACGAGCCCAAAAGAUGUACCCUUUCUUCGACGCGGAUCAGAGAGGCGGGAACGGCGACAUGGAAGUAAACAUUAACACACAGAACACUCAAGUCAACAAGCAACUAAACUUCCUCCUGCCUUUCUUCGGGUUUGGUCUCAAUUAUACUUGGGUUUCCCUCAACGGCUAUCUUGGGUUCUCGGACGCUCCCUUCAACUGGGCCAACUAUCCACUGAAAUUCCCCGUGCAGGACUGGCCCACGAGACCCGAUCCCUCCUUCAUCGGGCCCUUCUAUUCUAAGUGCAACAUAGGGGAGCUGCGGCCCGGGGAUGACUACAGCAAAAGGCCUGGUGUUUACUGGAGGAUGGCGCGCGAUCUGCCGUCUCGCGAGGACCAGUUCAGCGUGGAGCUUCGGGAGCGGCUCAUGUGGGACAUCCGGGAAGGCAUGGUGGGCACGGCGAUCUUCAGACCCAAGCACGCUAUCAUUGUCACCUGGAAGAACGUCACCUUUGCUGGCGGCUCCGUGAACACUGAUGCUAAGUUUGUGACGAACACCUUCCAGCUGGUAGUGGCCACGGAUGAGAUCAGAACGUACACUAUCUUCAAUUACGACUACAUGGCCUGGACGUCGCACACUGAGGCAGGAGGCUCUACUGACGAAGGCCAAGGCGGUGUACCAGCUUUUGUCGGAUUCAACGCAGGCAACGGCACGAGGUCUUACGAAUACACGCCAUACAGUCAGAAGCUUUACAUUCGUGAUCUCGCCGUAGCAGGAAACGCGAACGGCUUCCCGGGGCGACACAUGUUCAGAGUGGACGAGAAGAUUCUGGCGGGCUGCUGCAGGAGGGAGGAAGAAUUGAUGGAGUACCCGCUGACAUUCUCCCCGGAGCAAGGCAACAUGCUGGGCGGGACACUGGUGAAUCUAACAGGACCGUGCUUCAAGACCAGCUACCGCCUUACCUGCCAGUUCGAUACCACUGCUGUUGAGGGCUACAUCCUUGACGACAACCGCGCCACCUGUAUCAUGCCCCAGCUCUACGUGUCCGGCUAUGUGGAGUUCUCUAUCUCCAUCAACAACGGGCCAUACUACUGGAAGGGGAAGUUUUUCGUUGAAACGCCCCUAACAGCUCCUGAGGGUGUGUGGUUCAAGGAUGACAAGUAUCAGGACCACUCCCCGGAGGUGCUGCACAUAGAGUGGCUGGCGGGUAACCUCACCAUGAACAGAGAUGCCCAGGCCCAGAUUUCCCUCUACGGCUACAGAGAAAUUAGCAUCCGACCAGAGAUUGUGUAUAUCGACAUGAUGGUGGAAGGCAUCCCCAACACUGGAUCCUUCGCUCUCACCACGGCUGACUUCAUGAGCAGAGACAACACGCAUCUCCUGGACCUUGAGAUGGGCCUCGUUAUGAUCAACCUCACUAUUCCGGAGCCUUUGUAUGGUCUGGAGAAAUCGACGGCGGUGUGGUCGCGGCCAGUCCCCUUGGCGUGGUAUUUCAGGUUCCAGUGGGAGAAGCUCUUCGGCAGUAGCUGGCCGAGCGCAAUGUGUGACCGCUGGAUAGAGAACGACAGGAACCUUAGGAACUUUGCCUACGAGGUGGAGCGGUGUCCGUGCCUCCUGCAGCAGGCGGUGGCGGAUAAGGGGCGCUUCCUCCCUGACUUCUCCUGCGACAAGGACGGCAACACUCAAUGCGAUUACCACUUCGGCGCCAUCCACUGCGUCCGUACGGCUCUCCCCAACGAGGACGGGGCGGGCCAGCAGUGUUGUUAUGAUCGUGACGGCUACCUUAUGAUGACCGCUGACAAGAUGUGGGGAGGCAACCCGCACCGCGCCCAUAACCUUGGCAAGACGCCCUUCGAUGAGGCCAACAAGGUUCCGAGUCUCUCCCACUGGUACCACGACGUCAUUCCCUUCUACACGUGCUGUAAGUGGCAGGGUGAACAGUCUCCCGGCUGCGUCACCUACAGGUUUGAGCGUCGCGCCUCCCAGGACUGUGUGGGUUACCAGCCUCCUACUGCAGCCACUGUGUUUGGUGACCCCCACAUCUACACCUUCGAUGAUUUCCCCUACACCUUCAAUGGCAAGGGGGAGUUUGUGCUGGCCCGCGUGGACUCUGUGCGCCACAAGCUGGACGUGCAGGGACGCUUCGAACAGAUCUCCCCUAACUACUUGCAUGAAGCCAAGGGAUCCAUGCUGACGGCUGUGGCAGCUCGCGACAACAUUUCGUCCGUGGUGGAGGUUCGCCAACGCCCCAUUGAUGCCAUCUGGAGGUACCAUCUGGACGUAAUCGUGGACGGGCAGCGAGUGUACUUCGAUAGGUACUCCCAGAAGAUUCAGCAGUUUAGGGAGUGCGUCGUUUAUACACCAAGCAACGUCCUCAACCAGAGUCACGUGAUCAUCAUGUUUGCAUCAGGCGCAGGUGUGGAAGUCAUGGAGAACAGGGGCUUCCUCGGGACCAGAAUCUACCUCCCUCUUAGUUUUGCGAACAUCACCCGCGGACUCUUCGGAAACUGGACCUUUACUCAAACUGACGACUUCACGCUCCCAGAUGGCACUACAGGUCCUGUUUCUGAGGCCAGGGACAUGAAGGCGGUGCACGCUUAUGGCAUGGAGUGGGUGUUGGACGACAAGGAGCGGGAUUAUGUUGGGCGUUCUCUCUUUAACCACGACAACUACCGCUCCAGCAACUACUACUACGAUGCAGAUUUCGUGCCCGAGAUGGACAUUGAGCCGGCCUUGUCUAUUAAUGCAACCACGAGGAGUGAGGAGAUCAAAAGAGCGUGUGGCGACUCCUACCAGUGCCACUUCGAUUUCGUGGUCACACUUCGCCGUGACUUCGCUGACAUGACCAAGUAUUACCAGGACCAGUUCGUCAACAUCAAGCAAGUGGGGCUGGUUACCGUGGUGUCCUGCGGCGCUCUACCCACGCCCCCGAACGGCAGGAAAUCCACCUUCAACUUCCUGAGCGGCGCGGAGGUGAAGUUUGAUUGUGACCCUGGCUAUGUUCUGUUGGGCGAGCAGCGGCGGUGGUGCUAUGCUUCUGGAGACUGGAACUGGCCCGAGGACGGCGAGGCAACGUGUGUCACCGAGGCCGAGUACCUGACCAUGCAGGGCGGCAUCACAGCGGGCACGGUGCUGGCGGUUCUGCUCCCUGUCCUCAUCGCCCUUCUCUGCUACUCCUCCUACGUGCGCAACAAGGAUCGUAAGGACUAUCAGGAGCCUGCCUUCGUGCGUGCCGGCAGCAGGAAGAUCAACCAGUUCUUCAGAAACAGCAAUAGGAGGUACGGCUCUGAGUCGCGCCAGACGCCCGUGAGAGAGCCUUUGAACAGCGGUGGAGGGAGCAGCGUUGGGGGCAAGCGGACGCCAGACACGCAGAACAGCGACGACACCCCAGUGUAGCGGCGCAGCGCUGACUCGCGCCGGGCCUCGGUCGGGGCCUGGGCAGCGGGUACGGGAGGGCAAUAGUAGGUUACGUGUUGGACAGAGGGAACAGGCUGAGUCGUGCGUUGUCUGUCUGUAUCCUCAAACGCUUCACUUCUUCACCUUCAUUACUUUUUAGCAGUCUCUACGUAAUUGAUGUUGUUGGGGUUUUCAAGUGUUCUAAUAUUACUUCGCUUAGUCAUUUGGAGGAAACACUCAUGAGGAUCCAACUAAUCACUUCUGUGGGCCUUUGUAAACAGUCCUGUCGAGAACCCGCAGAGUUAACGAGAAUCAGGCGGGGAGCGACGCGAGUCAGUGUGAGGAGUGGUGUGUGGCGAGGCGGCGAGGCUACGGAAGGCGUGGCAGGGGCGAUGACAGGACAGGGAUACAGAGGACACCAUCACUUUCCACAUUCCCACUCGUCACCACCCUAUACCUGUAAUGUUAAAUAACUACGUGGACUUGAAAUAUUCAGUUAAAAAAAUUCAGUAACUCUCUAUGUGUGACCUCCAGACCUUGCAUUUGACAUCAUUGAAAGGUGAAUGCACUGUUUACCGUCCUGUUUACCUGUUCCACCUGUCCUCGUCACAUGCCGCGGCGGAGUGAGGGGCGUGCGGGGCUGGACUCACUCUCCGCCUCGCCUGUGAAUGUUUGUGUUUUUCCCUCACCCUAACCUAAGCUUACGUACGUCCCUUCCUUUAUAACAAUCAGGACAAAGCAUUACUGUGUGUGUGUGUGUGUGUGUGUGUGUGUGUGUGUGUGUGUGUGUGUGUGUGUGUAGAGGUUCGAUUGAUCAUCUUAGUCCUCUUGAUCGUACUUACUUUCUUAUUUCAUUAUUUGUUAUUAUUUUUUUUAGUAAACUGUCAUGAUAGAUUUACUUUUUAAUUGUUAGCGGUACAAUAUAUAGAGUUAGUUGUAUAGGCUUACUAUAUGUAGUUAGUAUUAUCAUCAUUAUUAGUAUAAGCAACACCUCAUUUUAGGGCACACUUCUUUUUCUUUUGUAUUUUUUUUUCUUUUUGGUACAAAGUAGAUGAUGUUAUGUCCUAAGAAAAAAAAAUGUAUGUAGCACAGACAGCCGGGUGGUGUGUGUGUGUGUGUGUGUGUGUGUGUGUGUGUGUGUGUGUGUGUGUGUGUGUGUGUGUGUGUGUGUGUGUGCCUUAGCGAUGGGUGGAUCGUGGAAUUAGGGAAAGAACCACCCCCUACGGAGCUGUCACGCCAAUUAUUUAAAUAAAAGUGACACCGAGACCUCAUAAUGAAACACUUCUGCUUCUCACCCCUUACUUUCAAAGACUCUAGUUGAAGUUGCACGGGUUUUAAGGAUGUUUUCACGAUUUAAAGACAGAUUAACAAACUUUCUAUUUUAGUGUAAGGAGAAACAGUCUUGAUAACUUGAGUAAUCAUCUGUAUGGCCUCUGAAGGUAGUCGCAGUGAGAGCAGAGCGAAGUGUUUCUGCAUGCAGGUCUGACAUCCACCCAGAGAGGACUUGUGAUUCUGUCGCUGCCCUCGGUGUGACCCUAGGGCCCCGAAUUCCUACCGUACAACUAUUCUAGCAUUUAUACUUACUUACUUAGCUCUUUGUUAUUUCUUCUGUUUCUAAAUAAAUGGUUAAAUGUCA